CGAAGAACUCGGACUUGGGGCGUGAAGGGACUCCAGUAUCGAGACUAUUUCGGUUUGAGGCUGCAACUAAAGGUGUUGGUUGCGCCGACUCUAGAAAAACACGAAGUGCAAUUUUUCACGUGUUCAAAAGAAACGGAUUUCAAGCUUAGUGUACUAGCCUUGUCCUGACAAGUUUACGAGAGCGGUGCAGCUGCCAGCGUGACGCAAGUAGGAAGCCCGGUUGUCGCUACGGAGAGCCUAGGGAGGUGCUGGACCGACAGUAGCGAAAUAGCGUCAAUAUAAAUAGAAGCAGCCUGUCCAUCAGCUAAGCAGUGCAAGGAACGGAAGGCUUGGGAUUCCCAAGAUGGCCAGAAUUCUUCCGAAACUUAUUCUGGGAGUCACGCUGCUGCUUCUGGUGUCAGGAGCUCCUAUUCCCGAUGAGCCUCAGCCAGGAACCGAAGAGGAACACUUUUCUGGAGCUAAUACGCUAAAUUCGGGUUCUCCUUCCACGGGACUCUUAGAACCACCAGGAAGCAAUACAGCCGAGUUUCCGGCUGAGGAUGAUGCUCCCGUAGACAUGUCGUCUGGAGAAAGCUCAAGCUCAAGUUCAGAUAACUCAGAUAGUUCUGAUAACUCUGAUGGAUCAUCUCAAGAAGUCCCAGCGGAAAACCAAGGGUCAGGAACACCUGAUGAAACUCCUAGCGGAGAACCAGGGGUCCCUUCUGAAGGUCCUACAGACCUUACAAACGAAAGUGCCGGCGUUAUUCCUGAAGGAUCUGCCGGAGCGCUACCACUUCCAGCUGAAGAAAGUUUACCUCCUGUACCGCAAGCUGCCGAUGGUGCAGUAGUCCCCGAAGAAGCCCCCGUUGUACCAGCAGUCGCCCAUGGCGCCGGAGCACCAGACCUGACAGUUCCACGAGUUUUUCCGCUUGAAAAUCCCUCAGGAGCGCAGCCCUUUUUGCCAGGACACAAAUUAGUGCACGAGCAGAAGACAGAAGGCAGUCAGCAGGACUCUUUCAGCGAGGCUGAACAAGCGGCGGCCCAGGCGAGCGGAGCAUCGGCAUCUGGGAAUGCUGUGAAGAAUGUGCAUGGUUACUCAAAUGAAGGAGGAUUUCGAAAAACCGACGGCUUCUCUGAGCAGAGCGAGAAUAGGUACGGCUCGGGAAACUUCCAGGGCAGCGAAGGCUUUGACCAAACCAGCAGCGGACACCAGGGUUCCUUUGCGGUUAAGAGCUAUGGUGUCCACGGCAACCCCAGCUACGCGGAUGCCCUGAAAGUCGGCUUCGUUCCAUGAAAGAGCCCCUUCAACGUGACGCCAAAGACCAUCUUAAUAUUAAACACACCAUGCGUUCGCACAAGGCGUGUGGAACAUCAAAUAAAGUUGUUUUUCCCUAGUAA